UUUUUUUUUUUGGCAAGUCCAUUGGUUUUCUGAUGUCUCCUGAAUAAAAUAAAUGUCUGAGAUACAGAUUCAGUAGGUCAAGAGUAUGACUGUGCUCCACUCUGCUGACUUAUUAUCUGCUGGUUUUUCUUCAAUUUUGUCUUGCUUUUCUGCUUACAGAAAACAUCAUGACCAGAAGAAACAGAAACAAUGGCCACAUGGUGGUCAUUUCUUGAUUCAGUCCAUGUUUACAUGAAAUACAAUUAACACCCCUCACAAUAUUCAUCUAUUGUUGGCUAAUGCAAUGGGGGAUAUGGGUGUUGUUCAAAUGGGAAGAAACAAUAAAUCAUGGAAUAAUUACCACAUUUUCUUAUUGUUCUGUACUGGCAUUGAAUCGGUUUAAUCACAUCUCGUGAGUGCAUGAGCUCUGCUUGCUCGCCCACAGGCAAAUACAACUUAACAGCGAACACUGGUCAUAUGGCAUUUCUUUGUCUGCACUGAAAUGAGCUAUGUGGUGCAUGCCGACUGUCAUUCUCUGAAUUAAUCUACAUUUGUCAGGAUUCAUAGUAUUCUUAAACAGCACUGCUCAAGUGCAUCGAACUGUAUCCAUACAGUUGUCUGCCUUCAGAUUGGUCUCUACAGUCUCAGCUUGUUUCCAAUCUGUUGAACACACUUGUUUGGCAAAGUAGUUUGAUUUUUCUUUCUCUUCACAGACAGUGUGCAGAUGCUCCAACUGGAAAUAUCCAAUCAGCAGCGGAUGUUGUCUGGGUUGACCUUGACGCGUGAGCUCAAAAUUAUAACUUUACUGCAUAGUCUGUGACCCGUGAAGGGAACCACUUCUGAUUAACAAAAAGCACAACAUCGAUGAAACUGCCCGUCAUUCAUCUUACAUCGACUGGCAGGUGGUUUUAAUGGGGAACUGAUUGUCUCAUUGGUUUGUUUUCUCCGCAUAUAUGCAGGAAAACGAGUCUGGAUCAGCACCGGAUGACCUGUGCAAGAUUUUGAAAAUAUUGUAAAGAAUCAUGCAAAAAUAUUCCCCCCGAGCCAUCACUGUUUUCUUCUUCCGGCUCCGUGCUUGUUCUAAUAAAUCGAAAAAGGCUGAUAGUGUAAAUUUGCAGGUGAAGAUAUUUAUCUAAAUGCACUCUCAGCCCCUCACGAUUAUUUCUGAGGUGACAACUGCACCUUGUCGAUGUUAUUACAAGUCAGCGUACCGUCAAAAUGAUUUUGGAGGUGUUAUUUUGAGGGAAUAGUUACAUGAUGUUACUCUAAAGUUCUAACUCACAAAGACCACAAUCACAGCCAAGUCUGGAGUCUUAAUCUUUUCAAUGUGAGUGACCUUGAUGGCGGCUCUGACACGUCCCUCCUCCUCCUCCUUCUUCACUCAGUCACUUCAAGUCAUCCAGCAGGAGGCUGAGCUCUGGCCGCAGACAGUGCAGCCGUCUGUCCGUCUCACUAAGCUGUGUUACUGUCGGUGGCCCCUGGUGGAGCUGCUGCAGCUGAGCAUGUGCUCGUCUGCUCCACACAUCAGGACGGACUCUUCCCAUCAACACACGGGCUGCGGACAUGGAUCGCUGAGCGCCGACACGAGAGUGCUGUCACCGAGCUGUUAUUCAUCUUGCAUCAUGGAGUCUCAGCCUGGUGCAUCAUGGGAGCCCAUCAACGGUGUGACAGAUACAAUAUAUGAGGGCUGAGAGGUCGUCAUGGAGACUGACAGCUACACCUCCGACCCAGCCACCACCGACUGGGCUGGGACUGCGGCCGGCCUGGAGGGAAUGGGAGUCCUUGAGGAGCUGGGUGGAGGAGGAGGGUCCAACAUUCCCACAUCCUGGUACAUGCCGUACUCACUGGGCUUCCAGGUGCCACUCACUGCCGUCCUCAUGCUGGAGCUGGUGUUGGGUUUCAGCAGCAACCUGACGGUGCUGGUGCUCUACUGCUCUCAAUCCAAUUUAGUGGACUCGGUGAGCAAUAUGGUGACUGUCAAUCUGCAUGUGCUGGAUGUGGCAGUGUGUGUGCUGUGUCUGCCCUUCACUCUGGUGGUUGUGCUGCUGCCUCCAGGACCAAACCUGGCCCUGGUCUGCUGCAUCCAUGAAGCCUGUGUCACCUUUGCCAGCAUAGCCACAGCCAUCAACAUCCUGGUUAUCAGCUUGGAUCGAUAUGACAUUUCAGUAAGACCAGCCAACAGGCUCCUGACGACACGCAGAGCAUCGCUGCUCCUGGCUGCGGUUUGGGUCACCUCUGUGGCUGUGUUUUUUAUUCCGUUCUUGGAGAUGCAGUGGUCUAGUGGAGAAGGAGCAGAGGAGAGUGGACAGGCGACAGUGUCCACAAGUGACAUUCUUUCUACAGCGGUGCCCGCAUGGCGUAACCGGACACUGCUGUGUGUUGGUGGCCAUGGCUACCACACAAGCUUGGGUAUGUACUACCAUCUUAUCCUCCAGGUUCCUAUAUUCUUCACCACCGUGGCAGUCAUGCUGUUCACCUACUCCAGAAUACUGAGGGCUUUAAACAUCCGCAUUGGUUCCCAUAUGAAGAAGAGCCAGCGGUUCAAGGGCCCCUCCUGCAGGGGGCGCCACAAGAAACAGAAAAAAAAGAAGAAAGGGGUCAGAAUAAAUGAUGGUUGGGAGGCAGCAGGGGAGCAGUGCACCACUGAUGGUACCAAACAGCUCAGCCACCCUCCCCUCAUCCCGUCACCCUCCCCCACCCCCACAGCUACCUCCCCCCCUGCCCUGUCCUCUUCCGCCCCUCUUGUCACCUCUGACAAAGAGGCUGCGACCCACAUGCCUCAUGCCGUGGGUGUCCAAGCCUCCGUGUCGGCCAUCAUUGCCCUGAGGCGGGCAGUGCGGCGACACAGGGAUCGACGAGAGCGACAGCGACGGGUGUUCAGGAUGUCCCUCAUCAUCAUCACCACCUUCCUUGGCUGUUGGGCUCCCCUUUCUGUGACCAAUGUGUUAAUCCUGGGCAUAGGCCCCAGCGACACCCUGGUCAGCAUGCGCCUCUGGUUCUUAGCUCUGGCCUAUGGCACCACCAUCUCCCAUCCUCUGCUAUAUGCCUUCACCCGACAGAAGCUGCGACGUGCCCUCCGUGCCAAGGUCAAGAAGAGGGUGGUGUCCCUGCUGCAGGUAGACCCUUCACCGGGGGGCACCGUCAUACACAACUCCUGGGUGGAGAACAGAAAAACCAGCCGGCAGGUGCGGCUGGAAGCAAGCGAAGGUACUGACCGCUGUCUGGCAGAGGUCCUGUGAGACGGACACACAUGGGCCCGCUUUGUAUAAUUAAAAAGCAGAAUACAGUCACAGGUGUGUUCCAUUAUGAAACUCACUGGUGCGUGAAGUGAGUUUAAGAAAUGUGAAAAACACAUUUCCACCCCAGGGAGAUGUUUUAAUAUAACCACCAGAAGCAAGCCCAUGCUAAACACAGCCAACGUUCACCUCAGGCAGCAGUGGGAGCAGCAGUGCACACAGAAUCUGUAGCUGAAGGAAAUCAUACAACAAUAAACAUUGUAUAUAAUUUCCACUUCGUCAAAUUAACGUCUGUUUACAUAUGGAGCUGUAUGAAAGAGCGUUCUCGUAGUGGUGCUUAUCUAACUGCUCCAGAGAACGUGUUUAGGCAGCAGCAGACGAUCUGAUUUGCCAUUUAAAUGCUCCAGGGCAGCUUUAAAUAAAUGGUGAUACACUUAAAACAGUUAAAUACU